CAUUCGUCUUCCCUCGCUCCGUCGUCUCCUUCACACACACACAUACACACGAACCCCCACCCACAGCAUGCCCUCCGGUCCACGACCACCGGCCUCCGUAAUCCCCUCCGGCGACCGAAUUACGGCGAGCUAACUGGCUAAACUCAGCACCCGUACAUAAAAAUCAAGGUUUUGAGCUUGUUGGCUUAGUGCAAACCUCAUGCAAUUGGGUUGGUAAGAAUGUCUCUUCUAAGUAGGUUCUUUUACAGAAGACCCCCAGAUGGCUUGCUUGAAUUUGUUGACAGAGUCUAUGUUUUUGAUUCAUGUUUUUCUACCGAAGUCUUGCCUGAUGGAAUGUACCAAAUAUAUUUACAUGAAAUCAUAACUGAGUUACAUGAGGAAUUCCCAGACUCAUCAUUUCUCGCAUUCAAUUUCCGCGAGGGUGAGAAACGGAGCCAGUUUGCGGAAAUUCUUUGUGAAUAUGAUGUUACUGUCAUAGAGUAUCCACGACAGUAUGAGGGAUGCCCUCUCCUUCCAUUAUCUUUGAUUCAACAUUUUCUUCGUGUUUGUGAGAGUUGGCUUUCACUUGGAAAUCAACAGAAUAUUAUUGUUCUUCAUUGUGAGAGAGGGGGUUGGCCGCUCUUGGCAUUCCUUUUAGCUAGCUUUUUGAUCUUUCGAAAGUUGCAUAGUGGCGAACGAAGGACUCUUGAAAUUGUGCAUCGAGAAGCUCCUAAGGGGUUUUUGCAGCUCCUGUCACCUUUGAAUCCAUUCCCAUCUCAGCUUCGUUACCUUCAAUAUGUAGCGAGAAGAAACAUUGCUCCAGAGUGGCCACCUCCUGAACGAGCGCUUUCUUUAGAUUGCAUCAUUCUUCGGGCCAUUCCCAGCUUUGAUUCUCAGAAUGGCUGCAGGCCAAUUAUCCGUAUCUUUGGCAGGAAUCUCCAUAGUAAGGGUGGGCUUUCGACUGAGAUGCUGUUUUCCAUGGCCAAGAAGAAGAAGAAGAUCCUUAGGCAUUAUGGCCAGGCAGACUGUGAUGUGAUUAAAAUUGACAUUCAGUGCUUGGUGCAAGGAGAUGUUGUACUGGAGUGUGUCCAUUUUGACUUGGAUUCAGAAAAGGAAAUUAUGAUGUUUCGUAUAAUGUUCAACACUGCAUUUAUUCGAUCCAACAUACUGAUGCUUAACACUGAAAACUUGGACAUUCUUUGGGAUUCAAAGGAGCGGUAUCCAAAAGGAUUCAGAGCUGAGGUUUUGUUUGGGGAGGUUGAAAGCAUCUCUCCUCCAAAAGCCCCAACUACUAUGUUAAAUGGUGAGGAGAAAGGUGGGUUGCCAAUUGAAGCUUUUUCUAGAGUUCAAGAACUGUUCAGUGGUGUUGAAUGGGUUGAUAGCAGUGACGAUGCUGCCUUGUGGUUGCUUAAACAGCUUUCUGUUUUAAGUGAUGUAAAAGAACUUUCAUGGUUGCAAAGUAAAGCAGCAAGUUUAUAUUCUUCACCUGCUGAUUCUGAAGAAGACAACAAUGCAUCUAGCACUGCUGAUAGUUCAGAUGAAGCAUUUGAUAUCAUUCCCAAAUCUUCAAAAACUCCAACAAAAUUACCAAUACAGGAUACUGUUGAUUCAGUCCCCUUACAUUUUGAAAGUGAUGGUCCACAUGAUGUAAAUCAUGCUUCAGAGCCUCCUGAUCAAUCAGCAAUUGAAAAUGAUCUGUCAUCUCUUCAUGAGCAAUCAACAAUACCAAGUAGAGGAUCUCAACCUUGUUCAACUCCCCCUGCACUGCCUCCACCUCCUCCUGCUAGUAACCUACCAUCUCCACCUCCUGUUGGACUUUCUCGCGGUAAUCUUUCGUCAAUGUCCCAUCCACCACCUCCACCUCCACCUCCACCUGUACCUCCCUCUCGUACUGCUAGUGGAGGGCCUCCCCCACCUCCACCUCCACCUCCCUCUCUUAAUACUUUUAGAGGUCCUCUACUGCCACCACCACCACCACCACCGCCGCCACCACUUCCUUCCUCAAGUGUUCCCAACAGAGAUUCUCUAAUGCCUCCCCCUGCCACUUCCAAUAGGGGUUAUCCGCCUCCUCCUCCACCCCCUCCUCCACCUCCUAGUCUCUCACAUAAAGCUUCUUUUGCACCACCUCCUCCACCCCCACCACCGCCCCAUUUCAAUUCAUCUAAAGCUGCCCCACCAGCCCCUUCACCUCCCCCUCUUUCCUCUAUAUCUAGUCAACAAUCUUUUGUGCCACCCCGGCCGCCCCCACUGCCACCACCACCUCCAUCCUUAGGAAGUGCAAUUAACAAAUUUCAACCACCACCGCCACCACCUCCGCUGCCAAAACUGCCCCCUUCAAGUUCAACAUCUAAUGCUACUUCUGUUCGUGGGGUACCGCCUCCACCGCCUCCACCUCCAACAAGUGGGAACCCCGGUACUGUUUGUCGGCCACCACCACCUCCACCACCUUCAGGACCUGCCCGGCCAGGUUCAAUUGUGCCUCCUCCACCACCAGCACCAAAGCCUCCUGGUGCUCCCACUCCACCAAGUCGUGGUGCAACACCAGCUCCUCCCCCACCUCCUGGAGCUAAAGGCUCUAAUGCACUACCACCACCACCUCCGUUAGUUGGUAAGGUGAAGGCUUCUUCGGGGCCAUCAAGUCUUGGAAGAGGUCGAGGUGCUGGUGGCGCUACUCUUGCCCCUAAGAAAGCUUCACUAAAGCCCCUACAUUGGGUAAAAGUUACUCGUGCGAUGCAAGGGAGUUUGUGGGCUGAUUCUCAAAAACAGGAAAAUCAAUCAAGUGCCCCUGAAAUAGAUAUUUCAGAGCUUGAGAGUCUGUUCUCAGCUGCCUCUGCUACAGAUGGGAGUGGCACUAAAGGUGGAGGUCGACGUGGUUCUAACAUGAACAAACCUGAGAAAGUGCAACUGGUUGACUUGCGUAGAGCGUAUAAUUGUGAAAUAAUGCUCUCAAAAAUAAAAAUUCCUUUGCCAGAUAUGAUUAAUGCAGUUCUGGCUUUGGAUUCUUCUACUCUAGACAUUGAUCAGGUUGAGAAUCUCAUUAAAUUCUGUCCAACUAAGGAAGAAAUGGAAACACUCAAGAAUUAUGCAGGUGACAAGGAAAUGCUUGGAAAGUGUGAGCAGUUUUUCCUAGAGCUGAUGAAGGUUCCACGAGUAGAAUCCAAGUUACGAGUAUUUGCUUUUAAAAUCACAUUUUCUAGUCAGGUUAAUGACCUUAGAAAGAAUUUGAAUACAAUCAAUGAUGCUACUAGAGAGGUAAAAGAAUCUGUGAAAUUACGCCAGAUAAUGCAGACAAUUCUGACUUUGGGAAAUGCCUUGAAUCAGGGCACUGCACGAGGAUCGGCCAUAGGAUUCAAAUUGGACAGCCUUCUUAAGUUAUCUGAUACUCGUGCAAGAAACAACAAAAUGACUUUAAUGCAUUAUUUGUGCAAGCUCCUUUCUGAGAAAUUGCCUGAGUUGCUGGAUUUUGAUAAGGAUCUUGUUCAUUUAGAAGCUGCCUCUAAGAUUCAACUGAAAGCUUUGGCUGAAGAAAUGCAAGCUGUCAGUAAAGGUCUUGAAAAGGUUGAGCAAGAACUCACUGGUUCAGAAAAUGAUGGAGCUAUCUCAGUUGGAUUCCAAAAGGUGCUGAAGAAUUUUCUCGAUACUGCAGAAGCUGAAGUUAGGUCACUUAUCUCGCUUUAUUCUGAAGUGGGAAGAAAUGCAGAUUCAUUGUCUCAGUACUUUGGGGAGGAUCCAGCUCGGUGCCCCUUUGAGCAAGUGACACAAAUCUUGGCCGUCUUUGUUAAGAUGUUCAACAAGUCACGAGAAGAGAAUGGAAGGCAGGCUGAUGCUGAAAAGAAGAAAUUGGAAAAAGAAGCCAUGAAAGAGCGGACAUUGGCCAACUCGGCCACGAGGAAAGAUGGUUCUCAAUAGAGCGGCAUGAAUCAUGAAACCUGCAUAAAUUUCUGAGAAGAUGCUGGAGACAUUAACCAGAUGGAGGUUGACUCAUGCAUGUAAACUGCACCAACCCAAGAUCAGAGAUCGCUGCUUCUCUGGAAAUCACUUCUCCAAAGGUGCAGUUUACUCCCACAACAUUGAGCAAUUUCAUGGCUAUUAUUCUCAGGUGCUGCCUUUUGUCUUCCAUCUAAAAUCAGUGAUGCUUCUAUUACGCAGCCUGUACAAAUUGUAUUCAAAGAUGUAGAUAUAUUAAGCAACGAACAAUUGCAGUAGCAGAAAAACCUUCAUCCACCCACCCAAAAAACAGAAAUACAGAUUUAAAUUUUUGUACUAGAUGCAGGUUAUUGUCUUGUCUUGAAGAUGCUGGUUCAAGAAAUGUAUUUGCCGAUGUGAUCGCAAAAGAAUGGUGAAAAUAUAGUGCUGCUUUUCGCAUUUUAA